CGCCGCCAGCGCCGAAGGUUGCCGAGCGGGGGUCGCGCGGCUCCGGCGGCCCGGCCGGCGUUUCCGGAGAUUGCCGAGGGGCUUCGGCCCCUCCCCAGCCACCGCCGAGCCCGUGACCGAGGGGCUCCGGUGGGUCGGAGCCCGCCGCGCCCGCUGCUCUGCUUGCGGCGCGGGGCUCGCCCUCCUCCUCCUCCUCCUCCGGCAGCGCCGGGCGUCGCGGUGACAGAGCGGGGCGAUCGCGGCGGGGUCGGCCGGGGCUCCGGCGGCGCGGAUGGCGGAGGGCGGCCAGCCCCCGCAGCAGCAGCAGCAGCCACAGCCGCAGCUCCUGGCCGGCGGCGGCGCGGGGGCCGCCCGCGGCGUGAAGCGGGAGCCGGAGCUGGAGCAGCCCAUGCCCGGUGGGGACGGCGCCGAGGGCGGCCACAGCAAGCGGCUGCGGACGGAGGCGGAGGCCGACGGCGGCGGCAUGCAGAACGAGCCUCUGACUUCAGGUUAUCAUGGAUACCCAGCAAGAGACAAUCAAGGUAACCAGGAGCCAGCAGCAACUCCUGAUGCAAUGGUGCAGCCAUUCACCACAAUCCCAUUUCCGCCACCCCCACAGAACGGGAUUCCCACAGAGUAUGGGGUGCCACACACUCAGGACUAUGCAGGCCAGACCAGCGAGCACAAUCUGACGCUCUACGGAAGCACGCAACCGCAUGGAGAGCAGAGCACGAACACGGCCAGCACGCAGAACGGAUCUCUUGCACAGACAGAAGGAGGGGCACAGACAGAUGGACAGCAAUCACAGACACAGAGCAGUGAGAAUACUGAGAGCAAAUCCACUCCAAAACGACUUCAUGUGUCUAACAUUCCCUUCCGCUUUCGAGAUCCUGACCUUCGGCAGAUGUUUGGGCAAUUCGGCAAAAUCCUUGAUGUAGAGAUAAUCUUUAAUGAGCGUGGCUCGAAGGGAUUCGGGUUCGUAACUUUCGAGAAUAGUGCUGAUGCAGACAGGGCCAGGGAGAAAUUACACGGCACCGUGGUAGAGGGCCGUAAAAUCGAGGUUAACAACGCCACUGCACGAGUGAUGACCAAUAAGAAGAUGGUCACACCAUACGCAAAUGGUUGGAAGUUGAGUCCUGUGGUUGGAGCGGUGUACGGCCCUGAGUUAUAUGCAGCGUCCAGCUUUCAAGCAGAUGUCUCGCUGGGCAAUGACGCCGCAGUGCCCCUGUCAGGAAGGGGGGGUAUUAACACUUACAUUCCUUUAAUCAUUCCAGGCUUCCCCUAUCCAACUGCAGCCACUACAGCAGCCGCAUUUCGGGGAGCCCAUCUGAGGGGCCGAGGAAGGACGGUGUACGGGGCAGUCCGGGCAGUACCUCCCACAGCCAUCCCUGCCUACCCAGGUGUGGUUUACCAGGACGGAUUUUACGGUGCUGACCUCUAUGGUGGAUAUGCAGCCUACAGAUAUGCACAGCCUGCUACUGCAACAGCAGCCACGGCCGCUGCAGCCGCUGCAGCAGCUUACAGCGAUGGUUAUGGCAGGGUAUACACAGCAGAUCCUUACCACGCCCUUGCCCCUGCCGCUAGCUACGGAGUUGGCGCUGUGGCGAGUUUAUACCGAGGUGGCUACAGCCGAUUUGCCCCCUACUGAAGUGACGUGAGCCCCCUGCAAGUGGGACAGCCCCCCCAGUUCAUGAGGCCUGGCUAUUGCAAUAUUUACUAGUAGAGGAACUCUAUAGCAAGACGAGGAAGAAAAACAAAAAAACAAAAGAGAAAAUACUUUUUUAUACCUCACUAUGUUCUUCGAAUAUGUAUUUUUUUCCUUUAAAUUUCUGCCUUUAAUUCUUUUGUUCCAAAGAUUGUGCAUUUUUUUUGUUUUGAUUUUUUUUUUCGUUUGUUUUUGGGGUUUUUUAAACUGUGGUAAAAAUAAUGCAUUUCCGUGUCUGUAUGUUGGUGCAUAGCUUAUCCUACCAAUCACGGAAAAGGCGAUUAGCGAUAAGGAAAGUUGUUAGAAACUGAUAUCAUGCAAUUAAUCAGGAACACGCAGACAGAGUUACUUCCCUGGGUCUGGUGCUUGGUGCCUAUGAGACAGGAGGACACGAGGGAGAAGUCUCCACCUGCCGUGUUUCUGGUCUGCAGAAGGAAGCACUCUUUGGCUGUGGCUGGGACCUAAAUGCUGGUGGGAAAUAGUCAUUUACAUUUGGAAAUGAGGGAAAUGCAGAGACUUCCCUCAUUUUUAUCACCAUCCGAUGUGCACAGGUUUGGGGCAGUUUCAGCAGUGUCAGUAGUUUAGACUUGGCAGGAGAAGAUAUCCUCAACCUGCUGAAAGACUUUGCCUGUUACCUGCUAUACAGGGGACAAGAGUUGGAAAGGUGUUUUUGAUGAGGAUGAUCUUUCACACACACCCCCAACUUAUUCUAGCUUAUUGUUCAGCACUGCUGGUGGCUGCAAUUAUUUUUAGUUUUCCUUCCUCCUUUCCAAGACCUUUCUCAUUUGCUGUCCUUUCGUCUUCUUUCCUUGCGGAGUGGCAGAUGCAAUGCAGCAUCACACAGAGUACCUCUGUUGUGGACAGCAAGCGGUUAAACUUGUAGAGGUGAAGUGCAUGCAGCCUUGCAGAGGAAGAAAGCUAGCAGAAGAACCAUGCAUCAGUGCUGUUCUCGGGUGAUCUGAGAUCCAGCGUUGCAAGGUCUCUCCCUCUCUUCACCCUGAGGUGCUUAGGCGCUGCUGGAAGUAAUCUGUUUCAAAUAACAUAAGUGAGGAAAAACAAGUCAUGUAUAAGCUGCUUGAGGUAAGGGGCAAGCAUGAGGUUUGUGUGGGGGAAGAGGGUCUCUUACAUCUUAAUGUUGAUCCUAAAGUAGUUUUGUUUCUGUCAGGAGUUUGAGGGGAGGCAGAAGCAGUUUGUGCAAACUCUGAACUCAUAGGAACUUCCCACCGCAAGCUAUUUCAGGCUCUUACAUAGUUGCGUUGAAGCUUUGGGUCUGUUUUGCCCAGCCUCUCUUGGAAAGUUCUGUACCUGGUCUGCUGAGUCCAUAUAGACACUACAUAUUGACAGAUUUGGAAGCAGAGAGGCUCUUUACGGGAGGGCUUCAUGACUCCCAAAACCGUCUCCCUUCUGCUCUCAUGUACAGUGAUCUUGCUGUGUUUCAAAGUCAGCGUUUUCAGACGACUUGUGUGAGCUGUGCUGUGAUGGGGAGGGAGUUACUGUUCUCCAGACCUCCCCACUCAGCUCCUGGCACCUAGAGUGCUCCCAGUAACCCCAGCGACCAGAGGCAGGGUCUCUUAACUACAUGGCAGAGAAAUGCAGAAAUGUGUUUUGAUUCUGCUGCCUUGAGUACUGGGGUGAGCCUCGCUGCCCUGAGAAGGGCUGCUUGGAGUGUGGGUUUGUUGGUGGAGCCUCUCCAGCUCCUGUUGUACACCUGCUUCUCCAUCCACCACUGAUAACAGAAUAAGGAACCUCCUGCUCUUAACACUAAGCAAUGUCAGCAAGCAGAGCUCCCAGGGAGGUGUCCUGGCCCAGCCACGCACAGCCAAGCUUUGCUUUUUUUUUUUUUUUUUUUUUUUUCCCCCCCCCUCUUCCUCAGCGAUACACAUAGCCUCUCUGUGCUCAGCAGAGAGGAGGCACCUCAAAUGGGAAGAAUGGGGAAGCCAUUAGUCAAGCUAGAGACCCUGAAGCUAUUGAUUCUCUGGAGGAAUAGCUAGAUAAAGGGGACACCAAACUGCCAGCCUGUUGGCCACGUUUUUGGGGUUUUUUCUUCUUUUUUUUUCUUUUUUCCUGGUUUUAUUGUUGGGUUUUAACUUUUUUUUUCCAAGCCAAAGUUUGGUUUGUUGCUGUUAUGACAAUUUUUUUGUUGUUUGUAUAUAAAUAUUUUAGUUAGCUUGAAAAUGGGGAGGGGGGAACAGGGUCUUGGGGCUUUCACAAAAUCUAGGAAAUGAGGGGGACUCGGGGUGUCUGGAGGCUUUUACUGCCCGAGUUGGGGUAGGGGAGGGAGGACUUGUGGUAGAAACAGUCAUAUUCGAGGGGAGCCAGUUUCCACUGCAGGGCAGCCAGGGGACUUCUGGAGCUGAGAUGCAGCAAAAGCCUCUACUGGAGUAGUUCUACCCACCUGUGGGUGGAGGGGCUGCGUGAGGCUGUCCCUUCCCUUGUCCGCAGGCAGUUCCUCACGCAGCAGGUCUGCAGGCUGCGAGCGGGAGCAGUGCAGCUUGCAGAGCCCGACAGGGGCAGCUGCUCACCCCACUGCCCCUUUCCUAUGUUUCAGUUCAGCUGGUUCUGACUGCAGCUCCCAAAAAGCUGGCUUCUCCCUCCCCGAGCGUCCUCCCCUGCCCUGGCAGUGCCGCUUGCUAUAACCCCACUGCUACUUGGCCUCCCUGGGAGUAGGGAGGCCAGCCCCAUUUCUGCUUCUGAGCAGAGUCUAUGCAUGGCAGCUUCAGCCCACUCAAGUAUAUUAGGAGCGUGAGGGGUUUAGUGCAGAAGCGCCCAACCUUUGCAGGGCUGUGGUCCCCUGCUGUAUGAUCUCAGAGUAGUACCCACUCUAGAACAUCCAGCCUGAUUCCUCCUGUAUCCGAGCCCAGCCUGCACUGGUUGCUCCCUGCCAGGCUCCUGCAGUGCAUUAACCAGCCAGUGUCUCCUUGACUCUGAAGUUAAUGCUGCAAGACCCCCGCUGAGGAAGGUUGCUGAUAGCCCAGCGUCCUGCUCUCAGCAGGGAGCUUCAGAGGGGACACCGGGAUGCUUGCUUGGUUGGGAGCUGCAGGUGGCUUGCUGGUUCCACAUCUCUGGAGCACCAGACCUCCCAAAACCUUGCAUGCCAGCUCAAAUUUUGCAGCGAGGUUUCUUGAGUGAGUGUUGUGCUGUGGCAGGAGAGCUCUUGAACCUUUCUUCCCUCUUGGCAAACAAUAGCUCUGGUUUCGCUCGGAUGUGUUAUGAAUUGGCUUGAGAUGCGUUCGGAGUAGCCAAGCCGUGGCUGUAUCCGUCUUCUGAUGAAGUGAGGACAAAACCUAUAUCUCCCUAUGCAAAAUGAAUUACACUUAAUGAAUUAUACUGGGCCCUGGCUUAUUUAACUGAUGGCAGCUAGUGCCUGUCCCCAAGAUGGGUCUGUAGUCGCAGGCCCCUUGCAAAGCAGGGCUUGGCCUUCUGAGGGAAACCAGGCAGGCAGCCUGGCAGAUAGCUUGCUCUUUGUCACCUUUUAGUCUGGUGGCACCUGGGAUUCCUCUUGAUGAAGAGGAAAAGUAGGUUUUUUUAAGUGUUGCUGUUUGUACUGUCUUGCAAUAGGUCUGGCCAGCACGUGAUACUAUACUGAUAAAAUUUUGGAUUGAAGAGUUGAUUUAUUUAAUGUGCUGGUCUAUCUUUCCUUAUGGUACAGUUGUGCUGGUACAAGAAUAAUUCUACUAGUAUAGCAUAUUCUCUACUGGGAAUAAGUUAUACUGAUGCCCAGCAUGUUAACAAACUGUUGUCAUUGUCCCUGUGCUAGGGAGGCUGCACUGGUGUAGGUGGGUUAGCUUUUUUAAGAAAAGCCAUGAGAGGACCUGGAGACAACGGGGAACUCUGUACGAGCCUGCUACAGCCGGCGUUGCCCAGGUUCAGCAGUUACGUGGAUCGUGUGUGAUGAGUUGAGAUAGACAAAGCCAUGUUUUAAAAUAGCUGUGGCUUGGCUGUUUCAGUGCCCAAGAGAGAGCAGACUUGCCCAACGAGGAAGAGCACUAGCUCAGGAGUCAGAGGCCUGUCUUUUGGGCAGGGCUCUGUCGGUGCUCCGAAAGGGUCAUUGCGGAGCGGUCGUGUUGCUGCUGGACUUCGCUUCCCUGUCCCUAAAGUGAAGUGGGAGUUUAUCCCCUUUCUCACCCAUUUUGAGACCUGUGGAUGUGAAGUGCACAGCAAGAGCUGAGGAGGGUUAUCUGAAUAGCUGGCUCGAGUGCUAGUUGUGGAACGGUUAAUAAAAGCAUUUCCUUUCCCAAAAAGAGAUGCUGGCUACUGGGGUUUCAGUUCCAGUGCCCAGAGUUUCAGCAGCAGGGAAUACAAAGCUGAGCCUCCCAGUUCCUACCUACAUUUUUCCCCAGCCCGUCCCUAUCUGUAUCUUCCCAGCCCAGCCCUGAAGGAGGAGGCAAAUGGAGAACAGGCUUGGGGAGCACUUAGGAGCUUAGUAAAGGGAAACUCAAAACAACAGCUCUGGGGAGCGCUUUUGCUGAGUCUAGCUCCAAAGGGAAAGCAGGCAGACGGCCCGCUGCCUGUGACCUCCAGCCUGGCAGGGGAGGGGGAAUGCUGUCCGUGGUGCAGCGGGGUGAAUUUUAAAGUGUGUUACCUGUUUGCACUGUUUUCAAAUAGGAAGGGGGGGUGGGACGGGACCCAACUUAGUGAAGAUGAUGAACAUCCAAUGUAAACUUCUUUGUGUUUUUAUUUUGACAUGCUCUUGGAAAAUGUCAAACAUUUUGUAGUAUACACCAGUGAGACUUGACUCUUUGUUGCAUAAAACACUAUUUUUGGUGAUGUUAAUGUCUGAAAAGCCCCUUCCCUCCAUCCCUAUCUUACUGAUUGUCCUCUCCGCCCUCCAACUCCAGUAAACUUCUCUUCUGCAAUGGAAACUCCAGUCAACAAGGCAAGCAGGAGUCUGAUAGCCAGAGUGUGAAAUGGGGCCCUUUUCAAGUAGGCUCUGGGGUUUCUCCCUGGUAUGCCUUGCUCUAGCCAGGGGCUGGCAGGUUAGCCCCCGUCCCUUCGCAGCAUGUGCAUCGAUGGACAUCCCAAGUCCCAUUUAGGCUGCCACGUCCCCUCUUCAUUGCCAUUGCUAACCCUGGAAGGCAGCUUCUUGCUGGUGGUUGAAAGCACUGCCAGCGGUUGUCCCCUCUGGGUAGCAGGCUGCAGCUGGUCCAGGCUUGUGCAGUAGACAAGCUUCCUAUGUUGCCUCAACUCAUGGUAGAGCAAGAAUGCAUCAGCCAAAAAUCUUGCCUGAUUUUGCCAGGAGACUGCUGGUGUCUAAAACCGUCCACCCGAAUAUUCAUUUGGCUGGCAGUCGAUAAAAUGCCGGUUAAUCUUAGGAAUGGUUUUUCUUUUUUCUUGUUUUGUUUUGUUCUGAAGUGGGUCAAUAAAUCUCUUGCCAGAUUCCCAGUUCUCUGCUGGUGGAGGGGCUUGUUGCUUCCCCAAGGACUGAAUUCCUUGCAGAAAUCGGGCCUCCCACAUUAGUAGUCUCAGUUUUGGUCACGUUUUUCUAUUUUUCUGUUCACAGUAUUUUGUGUGUGUGCGCGUGUUGUAGUUUUGGCAGCUUGAUUUGGCUGCAUUAUCAAAUGACGAAAUAAUCCUCUUUACCCCAGGGGAUAUGAUUUGUCUUUGGGUUUUUUCCUUUUUUUUUUUUCCUUUCCUUUUUUUUUUUUUUUUUUUUCUCUUUUCAAUAUGAUAAGUCCUGCUUGUAAAUAGCUGGAGCUAAAACCUGGGGCCGAUAGCAAAUGAGAACCAGGGCUGUAGAGCGAUACGGAGCUGGUGGAGUAUUUUACUGACCUCACAGGCUGAUCUACUUGAGACUUGGAGAUUUUUCAGUGCAAGGCUGAGAUGCCGCAGCACCUCCAGUGGCAGCAACGGACUUGCCCCUUCACGCAGUCUCCCCAGCACCUCCCAUUGCCAGGUACCGCCGGGGAUCUGGACGUGUCCCGAGUGGGAUGCGUUCCCUUCCCCUGGAUCAUUUCCUAGGACGCCCAAGCCGCUUGCCCAGGGUCCCAUUUCCCUGCUGACUCUGGAGAAGCAGUAUCUGCAUCCCAGGGCUUUGUGACAGCCUUUAACUUCCCGCCCUCCCUCGUUAAGUAUCAUAUUGUAUAGUAGCUUUCAGACCAUACAGUAUUCAUUGGGUUAUUCCUAUUAUUAUCAAGUAGCUGGAAUUGUGAAGGUCGGAGUAGUUAGAUCUUUAGCUUUUAUUCCUUUUUUUUGUAUUACUAUCCAUGUGUAUAAAUUAUUGAUCAUGUUGCUGGCUUUUAUAAACUCUAAGCAAGGGGGGAAACCCUUCCUAACCCUUUGCAAAUGGUAAUGAAGCACUGUUUUUAAAUAAAAGAGAGAAACACCA